GAAGCCAGAGGACGACGACACUUCAUCAAGCAUUUAAUGAACCCACCUAUCUCUUCAUGGAUGGCUGCUGACAACAAGAUGCAUUUCCUGAAGCUGGAGGAGGAGGUGGUGAUCCCGACUACGUUCAAAUGUGCCAUUACUUAUGACUUGCUCUUCAAACCGGUGGUCUUGGUUUGUGGACACACCUUCUCGUUCUGGAGUAUUGCUGAGCAUAUGAGCAUCUUAGUUGACACUCUAUGCCCCUUGUGCAAGACGCAGUUUGCACAUUUUCCAAAAAUAUGUGAGACUUAUCAUACUUUGGUUAAGAAAUUGAAACCAGCGGAGUAUGCAAGAGUUGAAGCGGAAUUUUUAGAACAAGAGAGAAGCUUGGGGAGAUCAUCUCCACCAGUUGAUGUUGGUUUGCAGGAUGAGCUUUGUUUUGAGUGUAACAAGCUACUAUACAAGCCAUCAGUCUUAAAUUGUGGACACGUUUGUUGCAAAAGCUGCUUGCCAUCUAGUGAUGGGCUAUUGGCAUGCAAGCGUUGCGGAAGUGUUCAUCCAGGGAAGUUUCCCUCUGUGUGCAUUUCUCUGGAUGAGAUCAUCCCAAGUUGA